GUUCUUAUUACAAUUACUUUUAUUUUCAGACAUAAUAUGAAAAUCUUUUAUUUGAUAGUCACGCUGCUCGGAUGCACAACAGCCCGACGCGCUUCCUGCCAAGCCUGCCUUAACUCCGUAUGCUACAGGCGAGAAAUAAUCGCAGAAGGAAUUAAAUUUUCGGGUCAAUUAGCCAUCGACAGACCAUCGAAUAUUUUAUACUUCCACUAUCAGAACCGGUCUCAGGACUAUACUGGUGCUUUCGAUUUAGAUAAUGUUAGGCUUGAAAAUGUUCAUAACAGUGGUUUUAGCUUCGGUCUUGCUGUCGACCAAGCCACAAAGGAUUUAUAUAUGACAGGAGUCCUUGGCCUGUACAGAUAUAAUCCAGUAAAAAACUUCACCGAACUCUAUGGUCUAAAAGACAAAACAAUAUGGCAUCUUCACUAUGAAGACAAAUUGUACUAUUCAGAAUUUCGUAAGAAGGGAAUUUACACGUUUGAAGAUAAGAAAUCUAAAUUAAUACCAGGCACCGAAUACCAGGUCGAUGACUUUGUUGUUGACAAGCGCGGUGACAUUUACUUUAUGCACAACUUCUCUAUAUAUCUAUUGCCAAAAGGCGGGAAAACUGCGGAGUUGUUUGAAGAUGAAAUAUAUUAUUUAUCUACAGAUAAAAAUGGCGACGCAUAUUUUGUGCAACCAUUCACAAGAGCCGUUUAUAAAAUGAAUUAUAUACAUAAUAGAAGAAUUUUGAAAGAAUUAGGCGCUUUCAGCAGAGGUUCUGCUUUUAUUGUAGUAUUUGAUGGAGAUAACGAUAUUAUAUACUAUGACGGCACAGAUAAGAAAUUAUAUUAUCUAUCACCAACAGCAAAUAAAUGUGCUGUUACCACAAAAGGUUAUGGGAGAAAACUUAAAAAGAUUGUAACUAUGAAUGUUGAUAAAUAA